AUGUCUAAUUUUACUGGUAAUAAACUCAAUUACAAUGAGAUUCUAUCUCAGAUCUCCGUGAAUCUCAACAAUGCACUUAACACCUUCGGUCCCAGCUCCUCGCAAUAUCAAGCAAUUCUCGAAAUUCUCAAAGACAACCUUCAGAAUAUCGACCGCCAUAGAGACUAUGAUGUCCCCGAAUUAGACCCUGACACAUUAAGCCUUGCGCUGGGGUUUUUGGAAAUCGGAAAUAAAGCAUCCUAG